GGCCUUCCUUGUUUUCAGAAUAUUUAUUUCAGUUUUUGCCUAAUUAGUUAUUUGUUUAGUAAAUCCUCAACCCCACCCCCACCCCCCCCACACAGAGACCUACCUUUUAAUUACUAAUAGUAAUAGUCAUUUCUAUAGUAACAUAAAUUAUCUCAUCUUCCACAAGCAUCUACAUCUGCAGAGGCUGCAGACCCCCUGGAGAGGCGAGGCGCGCACUUUUCACAAGGGUGCGCGCAUGAUCGUCAUACAAACUACUGCUGCAUCAUGGCCCUCAAUCCACAGUACCGUAUUUCUCGUCCUCCAGGGCUGCUCAUUGCGCUUGCCAUCUUACCAAAUCUAUGUCUAACAUCUUUGUCAGACAUUCUACCAGCGGAAUCUGAGAUCCUUCUCAGAUUCAAAGCCACCCUCUCCAACCAAGCUGCAUUGUCUAGUUGGAACGAGACGAGACCGCCCUGUCCUACGGGGAACUGGGUAGGUGUGCAUUGCGUGGAUAACAAUGUGCGGGGAUUGAGGUUGCAGAAUCUUGGACUGAAAGGAAAAUUCAAAGUCGAUGUGCUCAAAGAUUUAAAAGGUCUGAGAACUGUGAGCAUCAUGGGGAACCAACUGGAGGGGGAGUUCCCGGAUUUCAGGGUGCUAGGGGCGUUAAAAAAUGUGUACGUGUCUGAUAAUAAAUUCUCUGGUGUGAUUCAGGCAGAUGCGUUUCGCGGAAUGAUAUCGAUGAAGAAAUUUCAUGCGGCGCGUAAUCGGUUCAAUGGUUCGAUACCAGAGUCAUUGGUGCAUUUGCCCAGGCUUAAAGAAUUGAGGCUUGAAAAUAACAAAUUCAGCGGUCACAUACCUAAUUUUGAGCAGAAGAAUUUGACUGUAUUUAACGUCUCCCACAAUGAAUUGGAGGGUCAGAUUCCGGCUAGGCUUGUCAAAUUUAAUGAGACCUCAUUCUUGGGAAACUAUUAUCUCUGUGGUGGACCAAUGGGUGCAUGUCGAGCAAGUUGGUUGAGAUUACCGGUUGUCAUCUGUGUAGCCAUUGCAGUGGCAGCAGUGAUCACAAUAGUGGCCGCUUUGGUAAUCCUGCGUCGACGCAAAAAGAGGAAGGCCUUAUCAGCUAUGUCUCCGGGAAACACAAUUCUAAUGACUUCCUCCUCCACCUCCUCAUCUGUUACCAGCGAUUUGGACAUGUUGGAGCACGGCCAUCCUUCAAAAAGCCGAAUGAUGCCAUCAUUGUCAACGCGUAGGAAGAGUCAUGCUCAUAAUAACAGCACCCCAAAACUGACCUUCUUGAGGGAUGAUGGACAUAGUUUCGGCUUAUCUGACCUGCUUAGUGCAUCAGCUGAGAUUUUGGGGAGUGGGGUGCUUGGGUCUACUUAUAAAGCGGUUAUGAACAAUGGCUCGUCCGCUGUUAUGGUUGUGAAGAAGUUUGCAAAAAUGAACGAGGUAGGAAGAGAAGAGUUUCAAGAGCACAUGAGAUGGUUGGGAAAAUUGAGCCAUCCCAAUAUUCUUCCCCUUGUGGCUUAUUACUACAGGAAAGAAGAGAAGCUUUUGGUUUUUGAUUAUGUUGCCAAUGUCAGCUUGGCAGUUCAUCUUCAUGGAGGAGGCAAGAAGCUGGACUGGCCAAAGCGAUUGAAAAUCAUCAAAGGAGUAGCUCGAGGGCUUCAGUAUCUUUACAACGAGCUUCCCAGCCUAAUAGCACCUCAUGGUCACCUGAAAUCUGCAAAUGUAGUGCUUAAUGAAGAGUGGGAACCUCAGCUUACUGACUACGCCUUGUCACGCAUAGUAAAUCAAGAGGAUACUCAGGAUCUGAUGAUCGCAUAUAAGUCCCCAGAAUACAAACAACUAGGCCGUAUAAGCAAGAAAACAGAUGUCUGGAGUCUUGGAAUGUUGAUUCUGGAGAUUCUCACCGGGAGAUUCCCUGCCAACAUGAUACAGCAGGGGAAGGGAGUUGCAGACAACGCGGAGUUGGCAACAUGGGUCGAAACCCUUGUCAGGGAAAAUGAAAACUGGAAAAACAAAGUGUUUGACAGAGACAUGAUGACGGAUAUCAAUGGAGUAGGGGAAGAGGAACAUCAAGAAAUGCUCAAGCUUUUGAAAAUCGGUUUGGCUUGCUGUGAGAUGGAUGUGGAGAAGAGAUUGGAUAUAAAAGAGGCUGUUGAACGAAUCGAAGAUGUGAAGGGACCUUAAUCAUUAAUUACCCUCCUCCUCUUUCAACACUUGGUACUCAUCAUCAUUAUCAUCAUCAUUAGCAGCAGCAGCAGCAUGAUAGUGCUUCAAAAGAUGAAGAUUUCUGCUCUUCAAAUGCCAGUGAAGGGGGUGUGGGUUUUUGUAGAGGAUAAAUUCUCUUAGCUCAGAGCCUCUAGUUUCACCACCCCUGUCAGUAGUGUAUAUUCCGAUGAUAUUAGUUUCUUUUCAUUUCUUAAUCUAGGUUUGUGUGUGUAUAUACCUACUUAUUUAUGCACCAGAUUUUCACCUGAUUCAGUAUUUAUCCAGGAGUUUGGCUCUGGUAUGAUUUCAACCAAAUUUCUCACAUCUAUCAGAGAUGAUGAUUUCUUUGUUGUAAAUUUAUCUACUUGUUAUUAAGC